AUCAUUAAUCAACUAUCUUUUCGUUGGUCGGCGCAAGCCUCGCUCGCUCCUGCAAAUUUCAUGGCGGCCAUUACCCGCCUUGCGAAGCGCGUGUCCUCCGUCUCUGCCAUCGCCACGAGAUGCUUGACCUCCUGCGAAGUCAAUUCUCACGCACCGCCGCACGACGCCGCGCCCUUCCGCCUGGUUGCGCCGCGCGAAGAUCUGAACAACAGGCGCGUCCAGUGGGUCUUCUUGGGCUGUCCCGGCGUCGGAAAAGGAACCUACGCCAGUCGCCUCUCUAACCUUCUCGGCGUCCCUCACAUCGCCACCGGCGAUCUCGUUCGCGAGGAACUCGCCUCCUCUGGCCCUCUCUCUUCUCAGCUAUCAGAAAUUGUAAAACAAGGUCAAUUGGUGUCGGAUGAAAUUAUUAUAAAUUUGUUGUCGAAGAGACUUGUUGCCGGGGAAGCUAAGGGCGAAUUAGGAUUUAUUCUUGAUGGUUUUCCUCGAACGAUAAAACAAGCAGAAAUAUUGGAAGGGGUAACUGACAUUGACUUGGUAAUCAAUCUGAAGCUCCGAGAAGAUGUUCUUCUUAAGAAAUGCCUGGGUAGGAGAAUUUGCAAUCAAUGUGGGGGUAAUUUUAAUAUUGCCUCCAUUAACAUCAAGGCUGAUAAUGGGAGCCCUGGAAUUAUUAUGGCUCCACUUCUUCCUCCUGCAAAUUGUAUGUCAAAGCUCAUUACUCGAUCAGAUGAUACUGAAGCAGUGGUCAAGGAAAGGCUUCGAAUAUACAAUGAAAUGACUCAGCCUUUGGAGGAAUAUUACCGCAGUAGAGGAAAAUUAUUGGAGUUUAACCUGCCUGGAGGAAUCCCAGAAUCUUGGCCAAAGUUGCUACAAGCUCUUAAUAUUGAUGAUUAUGAACACAAGCGGUCUGCUGCAGCAUAAAGAUGUAAUAAAUGUAUCAUAACAUUAAGUAUUUCAUUCUUUGCGUGCAUAUAUUGCAUGCUUGGCAAUUUUGCAGUAAGGGGAACCAAAGAAAGGCAACUUCUCUGUUAAUAUUAUUUUGGAUCAAUAAUGAUAUUGGAAAGUAUUGUAAUCUAUAAAAACUUAAUAGUGUUGGGUUUUCUUUCCGUUUUUAAUUUGGUUAUAUGGGAGGGGUUUCAGUGCUUAUAAUAUUUUUGGGAAGACUGAAGAGUGAAUCUAUCACAGUAUUGCUAUGUAGAUAGAUGGUUAGCAAUAACCUUCAAUGGGUUUGGUGUAUCUUCACUAUAUUGUUGUAACUUAAAUGCAAAUGAACAUCAAAUGCUCAAAAUUUACGAAGGCUUUUACUGGAUUAACUUUCUGGAAAACCUAUUUCACAACGUUACAUGU